AUGGCGGCACCAUCAACUGUUUCAAUCCACAACCUCAAUGGUACUUUCGUCAUGAACAAGAAACUCUCCGACCAUAAAUCUAUCAACCCGAUGCUAAAAAUGCAAGGCAUCCCAUGGCUCGUCCGCCAAGCAGCAAUAUACAGCGACAUCCAGGUAAAGCUCACGCAGUACGUCGACGACGAAGGGAUUCCACGCGUGGACCAACUCCAGAUCUCUACCGGCGGCGUCAGACAGUUUGAACCUCGCUUCAUGAAUGGAGCUUUGAUUGAAGUAGAGAUCAUGUUUUGGGGCCCCACUACCGGGUUCACCAAGUGCGUUACCUUCGAACCUUGUAGCCGAGGGAGUUGUUUCUCUGACACUGGCGUAGGUACAUUAAGAACACAGACAUCGAAGACGAUUUCCUCAAGCAAGGAUGGAUCGAAGAGGACGAUGGAGACGUGAUCCUGGAUCACACGGAUUCCAAGACGAAUGGUUGGAGUGCGACGCAGGUUUGGGGAUUUGCCGUUCUGGAUGGCGAGAGGAGACAUGUGCGCAGGAUUGUGUCGAAGAAGGGGAAUGAUGUCCUGACCAUGACGACUGUGUAUGAUUAUAAGUCGUGA